UCUCUCUCUCUCUCUCUCUCUCUGAAAGAAGAUCCAAGUUUUGGUGAACUUCUCAACUCAAACAUGUCGGGAAAAGGCGCAAAGGGUUUGACAACUGGUAAAACCCCAUCUUCUCUCAAAGACAAAGACAAGAAGAAACCCACUUCUCGUUCCUCCAGAGCUGGUCUUCAGUUUCCAGUUGGACGUAUCCAUCGUCUUCUGAAGUCAAGGGCAAUGGCCCAUGGAAGAGUCGGGGCAACAGCUGCAGUUUAUUCUGCCGCUAUCCUGGAGUAUUUAACUGCUGAGGUGUUGGAGUUGGCUGGCAAUGCAAGCAAGGAUCUGAAGGUGAAGCGUAUUACACCGAGACAUCUACAGCUUGCUAUCCGUGGAGACGAAGAACUCGACACCCUCAUCAAGGGAACAAUUGCUGGUGGUGGUGUUAUUCCUCACAUCCACAAGUCUCUUAUCAACAAGUCUGCAAAGGAAUGAAGGCGCAUAGUUCAUUCGAAUCAAUGCGGAAGAAAAGAUGGAUUUCAAUGUAAAUUUGAUGAUAACUUGAUUUGUGGAUAAUUUGUUCCUUGCGUUGGUUUGAUUUGAUCUAGCUGUUCUUAGAUUAUCUGAAAAUUUCUUUUUUUUUGAAAUGUAUUGUAUUAACUAACAUGCUCACUUUUGUGGUAUGGUACUGCCUGUCUAGGAUUUAUGUUUGUUUUUAUCCUUGUUAAACUCUGCCUUUGGUUUUAUUUUUAACUCUUUGACAAUGUAGUAAUGGAAAGUCUUUUGCUGCUA